AUGCAUUCAAGUUUAUCAUCUAUGACAAGUAAAAAAUUAUGCAAUUGUGUAGCUGUUCCACUUAUACGUCGACAUGUUUCUGCAACACAUCAAGCAGCAACAGCUAAUGCAACUGCUCGUUCGUUUCUUGUUCGUUUUAUUGAAGAACGUCGUAAAAGAAGUCAACAGGAUGAUAUUCGUCUUGAACCAUAUUUAUCUAAAGGUGUUUAUACAGAAUCCGGUGCAAUUCGACCAAUGCCUAAACGAUAUCCUCUUGGUAUAGUGAAAGUUUUACUUAUUGCCAUUCCAUUUCUUUAUAUUGGUUCACUUGUAAGCAAAUAUGCAGCAUUAGGUCUUGAAAAAAUGGAUUUAUUCGUAUACAGUGACGAUGAUGAUGAUGACGAUGAUGAUGAUUAA